CAAGCAUUGCAACCAAUAUGCUAACAGCGUGCCUCAGUCGGACCACGUGACGGGGACCAUUCAGGAAAUGAGAAUUCCCAUCAAUCCAUCAACCAACAUGACGGAUAAGUUCAGUCUCUGCGGGGGCUUCCUCUCACACUUACUUGAUGAAUAACGCGGGGAAUUAAAGCUUGACGCCACCCACUCGAUUUGUGGUAAUGGUAGCUGAAAUGAAUGGAUACGGUGAGAAGACUGUCAGCUUUGCGGGUCGCACACUCAAGCUGGACAAAGCUUCUGAUGCAAAUGAUAUUGUUUCGACAUUAUCUUCGAACUUGGACGCUGUGUGCUUAAAUCUCAGCGGUAAUACACUUGGAAUUGAGGCUGCCAAACCUAUUGGUGUCGCUCUGGAAAAAAAUCGCAUCAUCAAGCGUUGUUUAUUCAACGACCUGUUUACGGGUCGUUUGAAGUCAGAGAUAGCACCAGCACUGAAACAUUUGAGUGCCGGUCUCAUAGCUUCAGGCUGUCAAAUAACUGAAUUAGAUCUCAGCGAUAAUGCUUUCGGACCCAAUGGGGUUGUUGGUGUCACUGAUUUACUCGCAAGCAAUACUUGUUGUACUCUGAAGGUAUUAAAAAUGAACAACCAAGGUCUCGGACAUGAAGGAUGUCGACAUCUUACCGAAGCCUUAGAAAAAGGAAGGAAUUUGUAUGGGAAACAAGGACUGUUGCUUAAAACUUUUUCUGGCGGAAGAAAUCGUCUUGAGAAUGUUGGAGCUAAAAUGCUUUCUAAAGUGUUCUGUGACAUGGGCACCUUAGAAGAGCUUUCCCUUUAUCAAAAUGGCAUUGGAAUACACGGAAUCGAAGGAGUAUUUUCCCUAGUGAACAUAAUCAAGUCAAACUUGAACUUGCGAGUUCUAAAUCUUUCUGACAAUUCGCUUACUCCGCGUGGUGGUGAGGCAGUUGCACGCGCUUUAUCAUCAUUAGUCAACCUAGAGGAGUUGUAUUUAAGUGAUUGUAUUCUUCGAUCAGCUGGUGCAAAAUCACUUGCUUCAGUAUUUGAAGAUCCUGAUACAACUCCUAAUCUAAGAGUCUUGAAUUUAGCUGGUAAUGAAAUCAAAGCUUCAGCAGGAAUCAACUUGGUCUUAUCUUUGGGGAAUAAAUCACGCUUAGAAUCUCUGGAUUUAAAUGCUAAUGAAUUCGGUCGAUCUGGUGUACGAUCAAUUAUUCAAACACUGGAUUCAGUUGGUCUUUUACACACUUUACCUGUACCGAAUGAUAACGACGAGUCGAGAGAAGCAGAAGAUGGUGAAGUUGGUGGUGGUGGUGGUGAUGAGGCAUAUCUGUGGGCAUUUGAUGAAGAUCAAGGCUCUGAUGGCGAGGAUGAAGAUGAUGGCGGUGAUGAAGACAACGAAGCGAAUGGUGAAUAUGAUGAUGAAGAAUACGGAGAUUCUACACAAAGUCAGUACGAUGAUGGGGAUGAAGAAGAAGAAGAGGAAGAUUAUGAACGUGAAAAUUAUGGGGAUGUUACUCAAAAUCAAAAAGAGAAUUCAGGUAUAAAUUUCAGCUUUCGUGAAGCAUUCUCCAAACUUGAGACAGGUGGUUGUUUAACACCUCAAAAUGUUAAUACUCAAUCGACAAAGACUGGACCAUUUGGUAAACCAGCGUUAGGUUUGUUUUCUGGGCUUUCUCCGCAGAAUACUGAUACAACAGAUGCUGGCCUGUGCCGGGCGAAGUUGUGGCCAUCAUCAGGUCCAGUAAGCUUGUUCAGUGGUUUUGGUAAUGCUGGUACAAAUGGAAAGAAUUUAUUCUCCCCACCAAUUUUGUCGGUCAGUAAAACUCCUGAUCCAAUCCCACCGAAAAAAUUAGACGAAGAUAAAUUUAGGCAGCAUUUAAUUGAAGCACUUUCUGAUCCUAAAAAUGAGAUUGCUAGGAAUCGUCUAAUUGAUUUUCUGGGUUCAGAAGAAUGCUUCAAACAACCACCAAUCCAUCCGGUAAUUAUGUUAUGCUCACAAACAGUAUCAUCAGAAAGUGUUGUUCGCCUAAGCUUAGAACUAUCACGUAGUCUACCGUGUCGGAUAUAUCCAGUCACAGGGCCUAUUAUGCAAUUAGCUAUAGGCUUAUUAGCCUCUGUAUUUACAGAUAUGUAUAAGCGGACAUCAGCAGAUACUAGUCGAACAAGUUAUGCCACGAAUUGUCUUCUUGUGCAUUUAGGCGCUAUUAAAGCAGAAAAAGACAGUGAUGAUUGGAUUAACUGUUCACCGAGUGCUUUAAAAACAUCUGCACAGUAUUAUUUUAAGCUGACAAAAACUCUGAUCGAUUAUUUUGGACCUCAAUUAAUUCCAAGUGUUUGUAAUAGUUUAACCUUGUUGUUAUCAGAGCAACGUAAACGUGAAAUACAACCACCUGAUCGUACUCAUGCUACAACUGCUACCACUUCGACUAGUUUGGCCGCUAGUAGUAUUAUUGCUGAGGCACCAGAUUGUGCUAAUAUCCGUAAUGAUAUUAUCACGUCUUUAGAGAAGCAGUUGUCUUCUAUGAAUCUAAGACGUUAGUGUAGUAGAAGUGGCACUCGUAAUGGAAUUAGUAUUUCUUCAAGAUUUCUUGAUACUCUAUGCAUUUUGUUUUGUGGUUAAGUAUUUAGACCGGUUGGAGUUAAUUCCCCACCCCCCACACACACCCCAACUUAUUUAAAUGUGUACAAAAUAAAAAAAAUAUUAUGUUAUUCCCUAGUGUAUUUGUCUACGUUUAUUGUUCAAAAGUGUGUGUGUAUACUUGACCACAGAAUUACAGUAUAAUGUAAAAGAGACUAGAAACACAGAUUAAUGAAAUAGAUAUAAAAAAACAAGAGUAAGAAAGAAAUAAUAUUGUAAAACUAACUGAACACUAUUCAUCACCACUCUCAACAUCAUCAUCAUCAUCAUGAAUUAUUGUCUCUCACAUACGUGAUGUGAAAUUUGUUUCUUUUUUUAACUACAUCAGUAAUUCUGUAAAUAAACAAAUCAAUUAAUUGAUUAAUUAAUUAUCCUUUCUUGCUGUCUUUUGAUCUUGUGUACUAUUGAUUUUUGUUGUUAUAUCAUUAGUAUUCAUUGUAUUGCAAUUGUUUUUCUUUCUACUAUUAUCUCUCUCUCAAGUGACCUGAGAAAAAAACAAGUCGAUGUGUGUGUGCUUAUCAGACUACUUAAAUGUAUGCAUUUCAGUAGCUUGUUAAACAGAUUGUGAAGAGAAAAAAAAGAUUAUCACUUAUUGAAACUGAUUAUUACUUGUGUAGUUGAUCGAAAUUGGCAAUCGUUGUAGCUGCAUGACCUCAUCGACGCCUCCGUCGACAAGUAGUGUUAGCUGACACAGAUAAGAUUAGAUUGGAAAAGAUUUAGGGGGGGUGAUCGAAUUAAGACCUGACAUCAAUCCACGACGGUUUUAACAGUUGAUUUGACCCAGCUAUGUAGGAAGGUGAUGUAGACUGCCUUAAUGGCAUCCUCUGGAUGCUAAGAUCCAAUGGCUGGAGACUUAUAAUGCUAUAGUUCAAAAUCGUUGUCAAUGGAUGAGAUACAUUCACUUCUUGUAAUCUCUCAGAUUCAUUAAGUCCUCAUGCUGGUGUUCUUUCUUCCUCCCAAACAUUUUUCUAGUUAGUAUAGUUUUUUUUUGGUAUUUCUUUAUCCCCGUUUUCUACCUUUGUGUGUUUUAUGUAGUGUGACAAAUUUAAGUGCUGCUUUCUUGUGUGCGAAGUUCUUUGUGUUGAAAUCUAGUCAAAUAGUCAGUAUUUGUGUGUUAAGAGAAGCAGAUAUGCAAAAAAAGAAAGAUAGAAGAUGUUAGUAAUGAAUAUGUAUGACCUAGCAGUCAAAUAUAGGAUGCGCAUUUCGUC